GUUCUUGGCACAUUUUCGGGCCCCUCUGCUGGCGACUCGGCAGGCAACGCGCAGCAUAGGCAAACAAGACCUCAUCUCAUGCUGGCAGAACGGCUUGGUCAAUGUCUACACCACCUCAAUACUAUACUAGAAACGGCCGAAGAGCCGAUCACGGUCGCGUCCGCUAACACCCUCUGUACACGCGAAUUCCAUCGCCGGAACUAGGGAAGAGAAGCCCAAACAACUCUGGUGUCCCGGCAUGCCCCGGUCCGCUGCUACCGAUCGCCGCGUCCACUUUGCUGGUGGUAGAUAUGGGUCUGGAGAAGUGAGCGAAGAGGAGUUGAUGCAAGAUCUUGGGGAGGGUGAUGACGAGCUGCUUGGAGACGCGAUGACAGAAGAUUUGGGCGACGAAAUGGACGACGAUGGCAACUCCGAGGCCGAGGACGACGAAGGUAUGGGCGACGAUCCAUUCAACCCAGUUGAAUUGGGGCUGAAGGAGAUCAACAACCUUGCCCACUUCGGCGUCAGCAGCCACCGGCCAGGAAGUGGCGUAGCCGAGUUGCUCAGCGACGACCUUGACAAGUACUGGCAGUCGGAUGGUCAGCAGCCGCACCAACUCACAAUCCACUUUCUGCGCCGUGUCGAGAUCCGUGCGAUUCGCUUCUAUGUCGAUUACAACCAAGACGAGUCCUACACGCCGACCCAUAUUGUCUUCUACGCUGGCACAGGUCAUCAUGACCUCAUCCAAUUCGCUGAACUCACGCUCACCAAUCCAGUCGGGUGGCAGGAUGUACCCAUCGCCAAUAGUGGCGGAGGUGCCGAUGGCCACUCCCUGUGCUGCUGGAUAGUGCAGAUGCACAUCAAAGAAAAUCACCAGAAUGGCAAGGACACUCAUAUCCGCGGCAUCAAGAUAUACGCCCUAGAUGACCAGUCAUUAGGCAGCGCCGCACGCGAGCCGGCCCGCGGCCCAAGAAUGGACCUCAGCGCGAACCAUGUCCCUGCGCCGGCGGCACACGGUCUGAACGAGCAGUCUCUCCGAGAGCUUCUGGAUGCGUUUGAACGCCAUCCCAUAUCGAACACCGAAUCGGUGCGCGAACCGGUGAUCCGUUGAAAAAUGAUCUUC